AUGAAUACGGAAGACUUCAAGAGAGCUCUACAGAGAAUGCCAGCACGAAUCGUCAUCAUGGCAGAGUCGAAGAGUGUAAGAGCAAUAUUCAGUCAGGUGGUUUUGUUAAACAUGAUGUCUCACCAAGACGCGUGGAUCGUUAUCACUGAUAACAUGGCGACAGAAGAGGCGUUGUUGUUGUUGUUGGGUCCCUCGUCUAGCGCUAACCUUCUCCUUGUGCAACCACAGAAAUCCUGGUGUUCCUGCUGUUCGGAGAAUAUCCAACAAAGUAUGUGUGGCAAUUUGGAGAAAAUCCAUCUAUCGAUGAUUUCCAGUCGAUUGAUAGAAGCUGUUUGUUUACUGCAUUGGGCUUUCGAUCGAGGGAAUAAAGAACAGACAUUGCCUCCACGUGCUGGACCAAUGUUCUCCCUUAAAGACAGUGUACUCCAAAAGAUCAUGGAAAGGAAAGUCACGUUCGAUAUUAUAGAAAUAAGUCAUUUUCCUCAAACUUCUGCGCAUGUGAUCGGAAGAUGGUCUGAAACCGUCGGCUUGGAGAUGAGAGAUGGAGGGAGUCUGUUUGCCGACAUCGUUGAUUUUGGUGGAAGACGACUGAUCAUUGCCGCAGAUCCGAAAUCACCACCAUUUGCUCGCAAAGCUGAAGGUGACACGGAAUUUACCGGAUUGGCAGUUGAUAUUCUUACCUAUUUAGCAGGAGCGCUGAAUUUCACAUAUGAUUUUGUCGUGUCCCCUGACGGUUUUUACGGCGUUCCAAUGGACAACGGUUCCUGGACUGGCAUGAUUGGAAUGAUUCUGCGUGGAGAAGCUGACAUGGCCAUCGGGCCGUUCACGGUAACACAUCAGCGAGCAGCAGUGAUAGACUUCACCACAGCCUUCAUGCAGCAGAGUGUUGGAAUCCUCACCCCUACACCGGCCAAGUCACCUCAGCUUUUCCAGUUCCUUAAGCCGUUUUCUCUUUUGGUCUGGAUAAUCAUAGCCGCCUUCAUAGCCCUGACAGGCCUCUGUUUGUUCAUGAUUAACUACAGCACUCAUCUGACUUCCAGCAAGGCAAACAUCAAGCACCGGCCCCAGGAGAUCCGACUCUUGGAGAAUAUGGAAUUGGUCAUUAGCUCAAUCUUUGGGCAAGGCCCUACUUAUCAUCCGACGGUGCUGUCUGCCCGUUGCUUGUUGGGGGUGUGGUUACUAUUUACGGAACUCCUCCUCUCCAUGUACACCGCUCACCUGGCCGCUGUCCUGACCGUAGCCACACCCCUCAAGCCAAUCGACAGCCUUGAGGACCUAGACAGUCGCGAUGAUAUGACAAUUUUGGUGGAAUCGGGUACAAGUACAUGGACAUUGUUCGAGCAAUCAAAUCUAGAUUUAUACCGCUCCAUCAAUGCCAAAAAGAAACCUGUUGAGAAGUCUGAGAUUGGGAUCGACGCUGUGAAGAAAGGCGGUCAUUGUUUUAUAGGUGGCAGAGUGUCGCUGCAGUUUGGAGUGUCCGAAUCGUGCGGGGAGAUCCGGGUAGCCGAAGAACAAUUUUUCAGCGGCUCAUACGCCUUUGUGCUGCCCAAACUCUCCCCUUUCAAGAAAGCUAUUAAUUUUCGGAUCCUUAAACUGGUGGAGUAUGGAAUUGUGAAGAACCUGAAAGACCAAUGGUUUAACACAAUCAAUGUGUGCCCGCAGAGGACUCAAAACAGCGAUUUUAUCAGGCUAAGCAUGAAGACGCUUGGAGGAGUAUUCUUGACCUACGGAAUUGUGGCUGUUUUGGGCGUUAUUAUUCUAAUACUUGAAAAGAUACGAGUGUUUAAGCCACCUGCUGAAGAUGUUACCCACAGGCUAGACGAGACCGUAGAACAAAAAGCACAGCUGGUUGUGGCGGCCAAUCCACCUCGUUGUGCUGACGUCUGA